GAGCUAUCCCGGGAUGUCAGAUUGGCACAGCACAUAUAAGAGCAACAAAGCGAAAAUUUUAUUAAGCGAUUGACUUUGUGUUGCCACCAGCACUCGAUCAUUGUCCGAAUAGGUUUUCUGGUGAUACGCGGGUUAAGUGAGCUGAAAGACAGCUCAGUAUUAUCCGGUGCUUGUGACGUCUUUUAAUUUAUCCUGGAUCUUGAAUGCAUUUUGUCUGUUUUGACGUAACAUAUAUUUUUGAAAUCUAACUACAAAAAUGCUGGGCGAAAAUAUCGCACAGGACGUUUUCGAUGGUGCAAAAAAGUUGGAUAUUCGUAUGCAAUGUUUGGCUGUUGGUGGCGUUGCUAUCGUGGUUCUCUAUCUGGCGUUUGGGUAUGCAGCCCAAAUUCUUUGUAACGCGAUUGGUGUAGCUUACCCUGCAUAUAUCUCCAUGAAGGCAAUAGAAACACGCACCAAAGAGGAUGAUACUAGAUGGCUCACUUACUGGGUCAUCUACGGUGUGCUGUCGGUUAUUGAGCAUUUUUCAUUCUUUUUGGUACAGAUUAUUCCAUUCUACUGGCUGCUAAAGUGCGUUUUCUUUGUUUGGUGCAUGAUACCAAUAGAGAACAACGGAUCUACCGUUAUGUAUCACAAAGUAAUCCUGCCAUACUUCAAGAAAUAUGAAAAAAGUGCAGACAAUUUACUAGGACAAGCUACCGAUAAAAUUAAGCAGGUGGCCGGUGAUGUGAUCUCCAAGAAGCUGUCUUAAAUAAUGAUACAGCAGGUUAACUUUUUUCUUCAUUGAGCAUGAAAAUAUGAGCUUUUAUCAUUUCUUUUUAUUAUGAAUAAUUUUCAAAUGGGUCACUUCAAAAUAGUACAUAUUCUGCACAAUUCAUACACCCGUAAUUUACUUUCAGAGUUGGAGAUGGUAUUUUUCUGAAUAUACACGGUUAUAAAUGAAUAAUCAUAAUGAAAAUAUUUAUUUUAAGAAUACCCUCGCAUUGCGUGAAAUUGUAAUUUGAAACAAAUCAGACCUAAGUUAGGUACUCAGUUCAACAUUGAAUGUCAUAUUUUGUAAUCAGAAAUAAUUCGUUUUUAUCCGAUGAAAAAUUUGAAGCCAUUACGAGAUCUUUUAAUAAUUAUUUGCAGGUACAGUAAAAAACAUAAGACGUAUGUUUGAUAUUUUUGUUCUGUUUACAAUAAAAUGAAUAAAAGGCGAGCUUUAUUUGAA